GACAGCAGUGAGGCAGCAGAUGGAGCUGGCAGCUGGGAUGAAGAGGUCACCAAGUGGUGGGGAGAGUGGAGCUCCUGGUCCACGUGCUCGCGCUCCUGCGGAGGGGGAGUCGCGUCCCGCGAGAGGCACUGCCUCACACAGAGGCUCCAGAUGCCCCAGGGAACAAACAGCACCAUGUGUGUUGGUCAAGCCAAGCACUACCAACUGUGCCAGCAGCAGCCCUGCCCAGCCAACACAGCAAGCUUCAAGCAGCAGCAGUGCUCCAGCUUCAAUGCCAAAGCCUUUGGGAAGCACUAUUACCACUGGAUGCCCCUCUAUCCAGAUGACUACACCAGCAUCUCCAACAAGCCCUGUGACCUGCAGUGCACCACCCGCAGUGGAGAGAGGCAGCUGAUGGCCCGAGCACAGGAUGGGACCUCCUGCAAGGACAGGACCUACCAAGGGGUCUGCAUCAAUGGGAAGUGUGAGCCAGUUGGGUGCGAUGGGAGCCUGUACUCGGCCCGGACCAUGGACAGAUGCAGGGUGUGUGGAGGGGACGGCAGCACUUGCCACCGUGUCUCGGGCACCUUCCGAAAGGCAAUCUCACAGAUAGGUUAUGUGUUCAUCACCAACAUCCCUGCUGGUGCCACAGACAUCCUCAUCAUUGAGCGCAGGAAAACAGAAAACAUCCUGGCACUUGCUGAUGAAUCUGGACAUUUCUUCUUCAACGGCAACUCUGCCAUUGACAACCCUCAGAACUUCAGGGUGGCCGGCACCGUCUUCAAGUACCGGCGGCCCUCGAGCCUGAACUCGGAUGGGCUGGAGUACAUCAUAGCUCAUGGGCCCACCAACCAGUCUCUGAAUGCCAUGUACUAUAACUUUAAUGGGAAAAUGCCUCACAUAACUUACGACUACACAGUGCCACGGACACCGCCCCUCCGAACUGCAGCCCCUGCUCUUGCCAGGCCUCUCUACCACCACCUGCCAGGGACCAGCCAGAGCCAUCCCAUUCCAGCCAACUCCAGAGCUGCCCAGACAGACUUCAAUGCCACGUGGCUCUCCCUGUCACCAGAAGACACCAGUGAACAGCUUCCUCUAAGGGAAGGGCAAGAAGAUUUAGACUUUGGUCCCCCACACUUCUUCCAGACCAACUCCACUAGUCAGACCCAGGACUGGGGCUGGGAACAAAGUGAAGAGAAGGAGAAGUACGACUUUCAGAUCAGACAGGUCUACCAUGCAAACACAGCAGGAGAGGAAGAGGAGGAGGAAGCAGCAGCAGUUGGUGGAGAAACAGAGUUGGCUCUCAGGUUCAACCAAAUUUCCAUCAGCACAGCUGUGCCCUACAGCAUGAGGAGGCCCGAGCUGUCGGAGAAGAGCCGUGGGACGUCCUCCAGGCUCCGUCUCUUCAGGCGCCUCUGCCACCGAGACCCCCACAACGCCGCCUUCUGCAGGGAGCUGCAGCCCCUGGCAGCCAGGCUGGCCCCCAGGAACGCCACGGCCAGGCUCUGGCCCCACUGGCCACAGGGCCUCCACAGAGCCCUGGCUCGAAAGAACUCGCUGGAGGAGCUGAAGGUGGAGGUGCUUGCUGGGAGCCAGGGGGAAGCAGCCAACUCCAGCACGAUGGCAUCUGCGCAGAGCCCUCUGCUCGGGGCCAGCCCCACCGCCAACAGCAGCCAGGCAGAGCCCCUGCGAGCCCCUGGCACUGAAAGCAAUGAGUUUGAUGUGAGCCCUGUGGGCCACGAUGACAUCAGCCUGGCUGACAUGUAUCGCUGGAAAGUCUCAGCUUAUGCCCCCUGCAGCUCCACCUGCACUUCAGGUAUCAGCACCUCCUAUGCCAUGUGUGUGCGCUACGAUGGAGUGGAAGUGGAUGAAUCCUACUGUGACGCCCUGACCCGACCAGAACCCACCCAUGAAUUUUGCACAGGGAGAGACUGCCAGCCUAGGUGGGAGACCAGCCGGUGGAGCGAGUGCUCGCGGACCUGCGGCGAGGGCUCCCAGUACCGCACCGUGCGCUGCUGGAAGAUGCUGGCACCGGGCUUCGACAGCUCCGUGUACGAUGAUCUGUGUGAGGCAGCGGGGCUGGCCAGGCCCAUGGAGAGGAAAGCCUGCAAGAACAAGGCCUGUGGGCCCCAGUGGGAGCUCUCAGAGUGGUCCGAGUGCUCGGCGCGGUGCGGCGCGGCCGGGACCAUGAAACGCGAGGUGCGCUGCUCCGUGGAAGCUCCGCUGUGCGAUGAGUCCCGCAGGCCCAGCAGCGAGAGGGAGUGCACGGGCCCGCCCUGCGACCGCCGCUGGACCGCCUCCGACUGGGGCCCGUGCUCAGGUUCGUGUGGCGAGGGGCGCAUGAGCCGCUUCAUCGCGUGUCGCAACCUGGAGGGCAAGGUGAUCUCCAGCUCGCAGUGUGACCCGGCCACCAAGCCCCUGGCUGUCCACCCGUGUGGAGACAAGAACUGCCCUGCACACUGGCUGGAGCAGGAGUGGGAGCAGUGUGACGCCAGCUGUGGGCGAGGGGUGAAGACCCGGCUAGUGCUGUGCGUGGGUCUGGAGAAUGGGCUGUACAGGGAGUACCCUGAGAAACGCUGUGAGGCCUCUCCAAAGCCUGAGGAACAAGCUGUCUGCUUCAGGAGGCCAUGUUCAACGUGGUUCACCACCUCCUGGUCCCAGUGCAGCAAGACGUGCGGUGCUGGCGUGCGCCUGCGGGAGGUGAAGUGCUACCAGGGGGAGGCGCUGGCUCAGGGCUGUGACCCCGCGGCCAAGCCAGAGGCCAGGCAGAUGUGCCAACUCCAGCCAUGCCCCACGGAGGCACCAGAAGAUGCCUGUGAAGACAAAGCGACGGCCAACUGCGUGCUGGUGCUGAAGGUGAAGCUGUGCUCACACUGGUACUACAGGAAGGCCUGCUGCUGGUCCUGUCGCCUCAAGUCAUCCUGAACACUGCCAGGCCCUACUUUCCUUCCAAGUCCAGGGGCAGCAGCCCCCUCAAGCCAGACUUUCCACCUGAAGCCACCCCACUUGGCCUGAUGUGGAGCCAGUCCCUGUAGAGCAGCCUGCUCAGCGAGGAAGGAUUUUUAUGACUUAGUCAUCACUGUUCCCUCUCCACCGAGAGGGUUUUACACAAGACAAACCAUCAGUGCCUAGAAAGCUACUGAGGAGUGAGUUGGGAGAGCCUGUCCCUGCUGUCACCGUGUCCAAGGGCACCAAGGCCAGCCUGCAGCAGGGCAGGGACGGCAGCAUCCCUCUGCUCUGCCCUGCAGGCUUCCUACUACAAGGGCAACUGCCAAAACACACCGAAAAAUUCUCAC